CUAUUUCAAGGGCAAAGAUGGGUGUACCACUCCAUAGGUCCAUAGCACGGGCAAUUGUGGGCAAGCCUCCAUACCUAAAGGUUAACGAUCUUAACAAGGGGGCAAGAGCAGAUGAUACACUUGAAACUUUGAUUGAUAGAGAAAUUGAGCAGAACUUAGCAAAGAAGCAUUAUAGCAGCUCAAGAAGCCUGAUUAGAGUCAAGCGUUCAACCAUCAUGCUAAGUGUGAUGUUCGAGCAGAUGGUAACCAGAGGAGGGAACUCAAUUGUGGGUGCGGUUUCAAAGUCAUACGAGAAGCCCUUUGCUGCAUACCAUGGAUGGGCUACCAGAACUGCCGUCUUUGCUUCACUGCCUGCCCUUCCUACAAGGGCCAAGCUUAUGGUUGCAUGAAAAUGAGGUUUCGAUGACUACUAAGAUGCAAAGCUUUGUUGAUUCAUCAGCUUUAGUAGUGCAGUACAUCGACAGUUUGUUUCAUUCAAG